AUUGUAAGACAUUUCAUGACACUGCUGACCUUGACAAUAUUACUCGCUAUAGCUCUUCCACCUCUACUUAAAGAAUUAGAAGAAUUAAAAGAAUUUUGGGAUCCAGAUACUGUGGAACUCAUGGAGUGGAUUAAAUCUAAUGUGCCAAAAGGUGCAGCUUUUACCGGCAGUAUGCAGCUAUUAGCCGGGGUCAAACUGUGUACAGGGCGUCCAAUCACAAAUCACCCGCAUUAUGAAAAUAAACAUCUGAGAUUUAAAACUAAAGAGCUUUACCAGAUAUAUGGAAGGAGAACUCCCCAAGAUGUCCAUGAUAUUCUAACCAAUUACAAGUCCAGCUAUAUCAUCCUAGAGGACAGUAUUUGUUUGGCUCCUUCCAAGGGCUGUCGUACUCCAGACAUUGUGGACAUUGAUAAUGGAAUUAUUCCUGACCACGGUAAAGCAGAACCUGGACUCGUUAAAAGCACUGUGCCAAGAUUCUGUGAUGAAAUACGAUAUGAAUCUCCAGCUUACACAAAAUACUACAAGCUUGUGUUUAGUAAUCGAACAUUCCGUGUUCAUAAAGUGUUAUAGGAAAAUGUCAGUAUUUCUUAAAUUGUUAUUUUAUUGGUACCUGAUGCC